AUUACCCGAACCGAUAACUACACUAACCUACUCGAAUUUAACGGAACGCAUCAGUAUGGCCUCCGGUAACUCAGUCGUGCGACGGUUCGUUAAUUAUUUAAGUAAUUUUUUGGUGCAUAUAAGUGUAUAUUGACAUAAACAUUUCGCCGAAAUGAACAUGUCAGUGGAGAAGAAAAAAUACCCAUCUGCGUUGCCAACAAACUGGCCGACGAGAGAUGAAACUACCAGAAAGAAUCAAAAUCAAUUGUCAACUACGGGAAAGGUUGACGUUUAUUAUUACAGUCGUGGAGUCAGAAACGACGCGUCGUUGGUACCACCGAUAAGGCAGACAGCGUCCAUUUUUAAACAACCAGUUACAAUUUAUAAGACUCAGGAAGGAAAAGUAAAAGAUAUCAAGCAUGGGAAUCAAGAAAAACCAAAACAGGAAGGAGCCGAUAAAGCUGAAGGCAAAUACGGCUCCCAAGAUAAGCCUAAACAGUUAUUUUGGGAAAAACGUUUGGAAGGUUUAAGGGCAUGCGAUCCAGAUGGUUUUGAAUUUGACGCAAUGGAUUUACCAAAAAGUUUAAAACCAGUCGGUCCAUAUAUCACAGAGGAAACUCUUCUUCAGAGUGUUGCGACAGCUCUGCAUGUUUCGUCUCAGCCAGUCACUGGACAGACGGGUUCAAAAACAGCUUUAGAGAAGAAUCCCGGGGUAUUUCUUAAUCCCGAUCAACCCCUCGUACAGGCUGUUUCGAUAGCAGACGAUGACAUCAAAAGGCAGGAGGACCGAGUAGCUCUAGCAAGAAAAAAAUUGCAAGACGCGUUACGGGCGAUACCGACAUGAAUUGUACAAGUCUUUUUAGUUAUAUUUCCAUUCGCUCAUCCCUAGUCUUAAGUUCGUCAUAAAUUAUGUCAUACCGGUUUUUAUAAUAAAUGUUUUGUAAAGAAACGAACAUGACCACUGCAUGUACAAUGCUAUGAUACUUACAAUGUAAGUUCAAGGAAGAAUCAUAAAUUGUUUUAAAU